AUGUAUUGGGAUUCAGCAUUGCAUUUAGAUCUCUUUGUGGAAAGUAUGUCAAGAGAGAGAUUUUUCCAACUGAGAUCAAAUUUCCAUGUAGUUGACAAUUUGGCAAGGCCAGAAAAUUGCAAAGACAAACUUUACAAAGUGAGACCCAUUUAUGAUUGUAUUAGACGUAGAUGUUUGGAACUACAGAUUGAGGAAGAAUUAUGUGUUGAUGAGCAAAUGAUUCUUUUCAAAGGUCGUUUAGGAGUGAAGCAGUAUUGGUCAUCUAUUGUUCUAAAUCUUGUUGAGAGAAUUAACAGGGAACAUGCUUAUUUAUAUUUUGAUAAUUUCUUCACAACAUUCAACUUACUAGAAAUAUUAAAAAUAAAAAAUAUAUAUGCAGCAGGAACAGCAAGACUACGUCGCAUGCCAAAUGUACCUUUCACCAGUGAUAAGGAUUUGAAAAAGAAAGGACGUGGAUGUGGUAGUCAAGAUGAAGUACAGCACCGGGAAAAAUCAAGAAAGACAUAUGUUUCUGUCUCACGGCCUGAAGUUGUAUGUCGUUACAACCAUGCCAUGGGUGGUGUUGACAAAAUAGAUAUGUUAAUUGGCAUGUACAGGAUUUUUAUUAAAUCUAGAAAAUGGAUUUGUUUCAUUUUAAGAUGA